AUGUAUGUGAAAUGGUUUGAUACAGUAAUGUUUUACUAUGUUAUUUUAGUGUAUUUAGUGAAUGUCACUUUUUGUCAUUUUCAAAUUUCCCGCCAGUUCCGUCCCCCGUACGUCCCGACGCUCGGAGGGGACGGAACCCAGAUGACAGAUGCCGGCAUCCACUGGAUUACAUUGCCGGGGACACUGCAGGAGAGACAUCGCGGGAGCGCAGGACAAGGUAAGUGAAGAACAGAUGCCGGAGCAGCGCCGCAUGGUAAGCCCGAGUGUAGCUCGGGGUUACCGCUUUUGCUACACUCGGGAAUACCGUCAGGGAGGUUA